AUGAGUCAGGAAGUGAGAUGUAGUAAAGUGUUUAUAAAUUAGUAGUGUUGAAGAUUUAUUUCAGGCUGUAUAUCGACAGCUGGUAAGCCUGAAGUUACAAACUUGACAAAAAACAUAAAUCAGCGACAUAGAACCUCGUCAAAUAAAUUUAGUUUUAUUCGCCUAUAGGAUCUUUCAAAACAUUCAUAAGUCUUUCUCUUGUGAACUGUGAAAAUUAGAUUAUAAAUUCUGGAGAAUGCCAUUUCUGAAGGGUGGACGUGCUGCGGUGACAAGGACUAAAAAGUACUUAGAAGCUGGACGAAUACUUCUGAAUGAUGGUGUCAAGAUUAUUGUCAUCAAUCAUGUCCCCGGAGCAGAAAUAUCACAUGGAUGUGAUGAGUUCAUUAAGUGGCAUUUACCUCCUUUACAAUUCAGAAAUCCAAACGUUCAGAUAAUUACGUUCAAAAAUAUGUGUCCGACUCCAUUUAUUAAAAUUUAUCUUGAAAAAAACGAAGAACAAGUGGUGAAUUGUGCCUUUCGAAAGAAUCCCGAUAUCUAUGAUCACCUAAUUACACUUCUUGGGAAAACUGCUUCAUCUGAGAGUUCCUUAGUGAAUGAUUUGACUACAAAAAACCCAUCAAGUUUUGGCACCGAGUUCCCGCGCCAAUGUAUAUGCGAAUUAUACGGUCAAAUGCCUUGCUCGUCUAAUAUUGGGAAACCGAAGCUAUGGCCAAAUUUGGAAUAUACAUUGCCUCCGGUGGAUACAGAAUGGUUUAAAAACGCGACGGAUACUAGUGUUACAAAUGAUGGAUAG